UGGUGAUGAAGCUUCCGGCCUGUACUUCAAGAAACCAUCGUCGCUUCACGUGUGAAAACAUUCCGUAUAACUUUUAACAGGAAUGUCAUAUUUUGUAAUUUGGUCAUUAUAAUUAUCUCAUUGAUAUGGGUGUAUAUCUUUCUUCACCGGUUACAGAGAAAGAGUCUGUUGAUGAGCAAUGCGAAGGAUUUGUAUAUGGUGCUUCUUCAAUGCAAGGAUGGCGGAUAACGCAAGAAGUGAGUUUUUUUAAAAAAUCCAUUCUAGUCCAAGGGAUUGUGCUUUAAUUUAAAUUAAUAAUAGGUUCAAGGGCCUAUUUAUUCAACAUUUACAUAGAAUAAAGCGGGGGGGGGGCAUUCUUUUUUCAAACAUAAAAUUAAAUGGCUUAGUUACUGAGUCAGUUACAGUUAGUUUGAGUUAGUUACAGUUACAGCUCUACUUGCUAAGUCUCACUCUAAGAAUAAGUUACUCAAAGUCUAAGCUAAGACUAAAAGCGGAAGAGUGCUGUCUUAGAAAAGCAUGUUUUAAAAAAAAAAUUUUUUUUUAUAUUGUUAUUUGAAUGUAAAUCUAUUAAGAUGGUAAUUAUUAUUCAAUGAAAUGAAAUCUUUUCAAGAAGGCGAAGAAGGGUAGUGGGCAAAGUUGAAUAAUUUAAAUUUAUCUGUUUUAAUAAGGGCAGUCGCGCCGGACGUGCAUCUCCCGCACUAUUUGUCCGGCGACCAAGUCACAUGACCGCCGUAAGAAAGUGGCGAGAGAUAUCUUGUCGGUCAGCCUUGUCACGUGACUGCGAAUGAUUCAAAACUAUUGUUAAUUUUAAAAUCUAUUUCUCUACCAAGUAAUGUACUGAGUAUCUUGAAUGAAAAUAAUAGAAAAAAAAACUUAAAUGAAAGUAAACAUUUUUGUUUUGUUUGUUAUUUGAGUUUGUGUACCAGUAAUCCAUAAAAUUAAUUAGGGCAGGGACCAGUAUGGAGUAGGCUACCAAUAAAAGUAAAAGAUUUCAUUUUAAAUUGUUACAAAAUAUUUAAAAACUUGUCAUGAAACUACUGUUGCUGAUGAACAUGAUAAUAAAUAUAUAGUAUAAAAUAUUUUUAAUUAAAAUGGGGAAAAAAAACGAUCCUUUCCCCGGAAUUGAUCCACAAAUCAUAAUAAUAAUAACGUCAAACGACCACUCUACCACUAGACCACACAAAAUCUACCAAACUGCAUUUCGUUCAGAAUAAUAAAAACUACUAGCCGUCCGGCGUUCACGUGACAUGCCGCCGGACGUAUAUCUUGCGCACUUUUUGUCCGGCGCGCCGGACGUGUAGACACUUCGUUUAAUAAGUGUCUUAACUGACUUAUUAACAACCAUUUUUGUGCAAAACAAAUACAAUUGUAAAAUUAAAAGGCAAAGGCUCUUGGCAGUUAAAUAGCCUCUAGAAGAGAGCUAUUGGUACUCUACUACCAGUAGUUUCUAGGCGGCUAUUGGUAGUUAACUAUCAAUAACUAUUAACUAAUUGGUGAUAGAUUGAUGUAGUGAGUAUUAAAUAUUAGCUAAGUAUUGUAAUCACUUUUUUUGAAUUACAUCACUGAAACCACUGUUAAAUAUGCAACAUUACGACUUUUUGUGUCACCAAAACUAUAUGUUGCCAAAAAAUGUGUGCUGAUAUUUAAGACAGCUGCCUGGUUGUGUUGCACUUCAAAAUUUAUUUUUGUGUCUGGUCUCAUAAAUUCACUCCAAAUCGAAUUUUUAAGACACAAUACACUUAUUUUUCUAUGUUAGUAUUAAUUUUUAGAAUAAAAUUAUUUCUUAGCCUCAGCUGGAUUUUAUUUUUCAGAUGUGCACAUAUUACUUUGGCAAAAAAGAUGCUGGGUAUAAUUUUUUCUAUGCCACCAGCGUAUCAUAAAUUUAUCUAUAUUAGGUCUAUAUUAAAAAUUAUAAUUAUAUAGCAAUUUUGAACUAUAUGAUGACAGCAUUUUUAAGUUUUGAUGGUAUUUUCUAAAUCUUAAAAAGCCUUAAAAUAGCAAUUUAAAGCUAAAAUUCCUUAGGGAUUCAUUAUCGAGCAAAGGUAGUAAACUAACUAUAGACACUUUCUUUAUCCAUUCAUGUCAAGUGAUAUAAUGAAUUCAGACUUAUUACAUAGUUUUAGAAUUUUCACAUUUUUGGUUUACAAAUUGGUGCACAAUUGUGUAAAUAUUCAUAUGUUUCACAUACCGUAGUUAUCAAAUUAAAGGUACCGGUAAAUAUUUUUCAUGUGGUCAUCAAGGAGGUCAUUAGGGUAAGGAGGGUGGAGGGGGGGGGCAACAUUGGCAGGUUUUAUUUAAAUUUCUAUAUACUUUGGCACCACCAGUAAUAAACAACUAAGCAAGCACCUGAUUCAAUUUGUUUUCCAAGUAAUGAAUUAUUAAAUAGCUGCUAAAGCUUAAUGCUCAUUUGGCCUUUACUUUGAAAUUAAUGUUGGUCUUUUUAGAAGUGCACCAUGAAGGAUUAAUCAUUAAUAGGCCCAAAAAAUAAUCUUGUGCUUAAGAUGACUGGUGGGGAUAGUUGUUGUGCAUUAGUUAAAUAAAUAUAUCAAUUUGGAAGUGGGCAUUUAAAAAUAAAGGCAGAGCAAAAGUGAUCUGGCCACUGCAACUUGGCAAAAGGCCACACGUUUUAUGGUCUACAUGUUUGGGGAACCAACUACCCCUUAUAGUUUGAUACCUCUAUAUUGAUUAAAGCAAGGCUGGGAAGUAACACCUUUAUUGCUGUUUGAAGAGCUUUGGCAAAUGUUGUGGUGAGGUUGAAAAGCACUGUAAAAUUGAAGGCAAUAAAUCCAGUUUCAUGUCAUGUGUUGGCACCCAGAAUUAUAUCUCUAAUUCAUUUAUGCAAAUGGAGAUAAGUGGUAUCAGUUUUUCCAAUUAACAUAAAGAAAAACCACUGGUGUGAUGGCUACAAGAAAAAGUAUAUAAUAUAAAAUUAUAUUUUUUUCAUUUCAGGAUGCACACAACUGUAUACCAGUUUUUGAUAAUAAAACAAAAACAUCAUUUUUUGCAGUUUAUGAUGGACAUGGAGGUGGGUAAACACAGCACAUGUUAUUAAAUUAUGGACAUUUAAAAAAAAAAAAAAAAAUUGUACUUCUGUUUUUGUUCCUUCACAAUUGAAAAAAUGUAAUGAGUAGUAUUACUUAAUAUGUUGUUUGUUUGUUAUUAAUUUAAACUUUAAUUUAAUGUCUUCUCCAAAGGAUCUGAAGUUGCUAAAUAUUGUGAGAUACAUUUUCCCGAAUUUGUUAAGAGGUUAAUGGGUGAACAAAAUGGCCUAGGAGAGGACCCAACUGUUUUCAUUCAAAAUGCAUUCCUAGCUUUUGAUGCUACAUUGACUAAUGAUGAUGUCAUCAGAGAGCUUAAGGAACUUGCUGGAAAACUUGAUGAUGAUGAUGAGGAGGAAGAGGGUAUUUGUAAUGUUUAAAAUUUAUUUUAUUUAUCACCUUUUCAUGUUUAUUAUUAUUUUUAAAUUAUAGAUCAAUGUUCCAAUGCCCUAAAUAAGGCCUGCACAGCUCAAAAUGUAAGGCGGGCUGUAAUACUUUAUGAAAAACUUGUGCUGGCCAAAAAAAAUAGCACUUGUGCGGGCCAAAAGAAAUGAGGACGGGGUGGGGCGGGAAGCUAUUAAGAAAAUAAUAAGAAUAAAGAAUAUUUCGCGGACAGCAAAGUGUGUUGUGCAGGCCGGCCCUAAAUAAAAGUCUUAGUAGAUUUGUCUUUCUUUAAGAAAGUAUAACUUGUAAUUCUCUAUUCUGUUGGCUAUCUAAAGGCAUGUCAUGUUCAACUUUAUGCAAGUCUGGCGGUUCAUUUUUUAAAUGCUUAGCUUCAUUCAGUUUUUGUAGCUAAAUCUUAAACAAGAUUUGUUUCUUUUACAAAAGUAUUUCAGGGUAAAUCUCAGCUUAAGUCUUUACUUCUACAGAGUGUUUCUUUUUCUUCCUAUCUUGAUUUCUGACCCUUGCUCAACAGGUGGUGAGCCUGUAGGUCGAACAGAGACUGACAUGCUUAAGGAAGAAGCCAAUAUGCCAUUAGACCAGCUGUUAGCACAAUACAAAAGUCGUGCACCAGAGGAUAUGAAAAUCCUCCACCAACAAGACUUUAAAAGUCCUGCUUUAAAACCAAAGUCUAAGUUAUCUUCAGAACAAAAGUCUGAAACUGAGCCAGUUUCAUCGCCAACUUUUAUAGAGGAGGUUGAUGAGUCAUCCGUUUUACACAAUGGUGUCGAUGAUGUGAACAACUCUAACAGCCAUGUCCAUUCUCGGAUGCAGAGUGAUGGUACGCUGGACAAUGAGAGUGGUCAUGAUAAUAACAAUGAAAAACUAUCAGAUUCUCAAACUGCUGAAAGUACCAAAGCCCAGGAAGAUACGAAAUCUGGCACCGUCAACAAUGGUGAAGUUCAGCCCUCAUCUUUACAGUCAGCUGGUAGUUCAACACAUGAGCCAGAGAGUGUCGCUGGAUGUUCAAUUGAGGUAUUGUUAUCAUUUAGUUCUUUUAUUUCACCUUUUUAAAAUGACAUUUAUAUUUUUAACACUCUGAAAUAACCUAAUUGUAAAAUUUUUUAAAUUAAAAAUAAUAAUAAAACAAAGCAAAUCAUAAAGAAUAAAGUAAAAGGAUAUUAUUAAUACAUAUAUUUAUUUAUUUAUUUAUUUAGGCAUUUUUAUAUAGCGCUUAUCAUAAAGCUCUAAGCGCUUUACAAUUAUUAAAACAUGUAAACUAAGUAAAAUAAAAAUGAGACACUAGGUCUAGUAAGCUUUGAACAAUUAAAUAUUUUUGCUAUGUACAUUAUAUUAAUUUGAAACAUUUUUGAGCUUAUUUCUAAAUGGUGCACACUCAAAAGUCUUUUACUGUAAAAAAUAUUUUAGAAUAGCAUUUUAGUUAGGUUCCUUUGUAAAAAAAAUAUUUUUAAAACACACUGCAUCCACAGAUUUGAUUUUAAUGAAUUAUUACAUUUAAGAAGUUGUAAAUGUGCAUUAAUAACUAGAAUAUUGCCUUUCAGACAAAUCCUUCUUGCUCUGGCUCUGCCACUAAUAAUGAAGUGAGAAAGAGUAAAGCAAAGGCAGCAGCUAAUAUGGCAAAGUUAGAUCACGAUCUAGACACAAGUGAUGAUGAAUCAGAGGGCACAGAAGAGGACGAUGAAGAGGAAGAGAUGUGGGAGGACAUGAGGUAAUUAGUUUAAAUGUAUAAGCGAUGUGUGCUUCGACUAUCCUUUAACACUUGCUGCUGUAGCCUAGAAUAAGUAAUUGCAUUGAAAGUUUUAAAAAGUAUCCUUAUAUUUUCUAUAGUGAUGAGGAAGAUGAUGAUGAGGAGGAAGAUCAUGAGGAGGAUGUUCCAAUGAUGGAUGUCUCAAAUGAAGAGGUUAGUAGAGUCGAGGUUAAUUUUUUAUUAAUAUUAAUGCCAAUCCUUAUUAUUCUUGUCAUUAAAAUGAAGAAAAAAGUGCCUUAAGAAACAAAAAUUGUUAAAAUCUUGUACUAAAAUAGAUUUCCUUGUUAUAUGUAAAUGUACACAUAUAUUAUUAUUAUUAUUUAGGCAUUUUUUUUUUUUUUAUAGCGCUUACCUUACAGCUCUAAGCCCUUUACAAUUAUUAAAAAUAUGUAAACUAUUUAAACUGCUAAAGCAAAUAAAAAUGAAAAACCAGAGACACUAGAAUAGUAACUACUAUGUGAAAAUGACUAAAGAAACAGUAUCAGAUGGAAUGUUAACCUUAUUCCUCCUGUCGUGAAAUUUCUGAAAUAACAAAAUUCUGAUUUACUAACUGAAAUUCAACUUUUAAAAAUGGAUUUUUAUGGAACUAGGAACAUAUUAGGAUUCUAUUGUUAAGUUUUGCACCCCUUAAUUACAAUUAAGACAACGCUUAAACACUGAUUUGAAAAGGAAAAUUCUACUGCUAGAAGUUUCACAUAAUUUGCGGGGCAACUGAUAUUUUAUCUACUCUAAAAAUAUUAAGAUUUAAAGCACAUAUAUGAAACAAAUUCAGAUGCAUUCCAAGCCAAGUUAUUUAUAUUUUUGACUGCUGAAACAUUCUUUACUUGGUUUUGUCUUUGCUAUAGCCUGUACCUUUCUUCAAUGUAUUUAGAGUUUGCAUCUUUCAACUUAGUUAUAUAUCAUCUUUAUCACAAUUGGAAUCCAUCUAUUUAUAAAUCAAGCUAUCUUUAUCUUGAUUAUUAUAGCCUGGCUCAGACAGCGGAUGCACUGCCUGUGUUGCCUUAUUACAAGGGAAGCGACUGAUUGUUGCCAAUGCAGGGGAUUCCAGGUGUAUUUUGGCCAGGGCUGGAAAAGCGGUUGAGCUCUCUUUUGACCAUAAGCCAGAGGAUGAUUCUGAAAGAAAGAGAAUAGAAAAGGCCGGCGGCAAAGUUACAAGUGAUGGCCGUGUUAAUGGAGGAUUAAAUUUGUCAAGAGCCAUUGGUGAGAAUUAAUAAAUAAUUGUUAACAUUAACAUACUUGAAAAACUUUUUUGUAAAAGAAAAAUGCUUUGUAAAGUAAGUCAUCUUUUGUGGCCUUAAAAAAGCUUCACACAAUCAAUUUUUAUUCAACUUAUGUUUUAUAAUAAUAAUUUUUCAGUUGAAUUAUAAGUAUUUUUAUUAAAAAGGAAAAGUUCAUUUGCUUUUCCUUAAUUAAUUUCUAAAGAACCAUGUAAUUUGUUUACUAUAGUACAAUAUAAAUGCUAUCAAAGGCUAAGGAUUACACAAUUACUAACAAUUAUCUUUUGACAAAUAAAAAGUCAGAACUUAAAUACUUUUUAUGAGCUUGGUGUAAAGAUCAUGUUCACGUUUGUCAAAUUUUCAAUUUAUUUCAUCCUUUGGAAGUAGCCCCUUGUACAAUCUGAUUGAUCAUUUAUUUCCAAAGGUGACCAUGUUUACAAGCGUAAUAAGGACUUACCUGAUAAAGAGCAGAUGAUAACAGCUUUGCCAGAUAUCGAAACUGCUGAGCUCUGUGAUGAGGACCAGUUUAUUGUCAUUGCUUGUGAUGGCAUUUGGUAAUGUCAAGGAAUUAUGUUACAAAUUUUUGUUUAUGUACCGGCUAGUUCUAAACAGUCUGCUUACCAGAUUAUUGUCGAUGCUUAAAUAUUAUUCAGAUCAGCGCUAGUGAAUAAUAAAUGUAAAAACUACAGGAAUGCAAGUUCUGUUUGCUUUUAUUUAAAAAAAAGAUAUAUUGCAUGACUUUAGAAAUCAAAUAUUACAAAUUGUUUUACCAUAUAGGAACUAUUUAUCAAGCCAAGAGGUUGUUGAUUAUGUUUUGGAUAAAUUGAAAGACCCGGAAAAACAAAAAAAGCCUUCAUUAAUUUGUGAGGAGGUUAGUGGAUUAUUAUUUUUCUUUAAAAAUUUGAAAUAUUAUCUUUUAAACAGCAAUUAUUUGGAAAGUGUUUGACUUAAUUUUUAAAUAUUGAUGUUGCUUGAGUUCAUUGUGUGUUCUUUCUUUAUCCAUAUAAGUAAAAGCUUCAUUCAUCCUCUGUAAAAAUUCAGUCUCAUCUAUUUAGCUCAGUAGCAGAUAGCAUACUGCUAUAGUGAAAUACUAAUCUGGUGGUUUUUUUAAUAGACUUUAAAAGACUAAGACCAUAAUUUAGAAGAAAAGAAAUGUGAUUUUUAAAUUUAAAAUUUUAUUUUAUUUGAGGCUUAACUUAGAUACUGAAAUAAUUGUUUUAAAAUUACAAUUGUUAAAUGCACAAUUCAUUUUGUUUCUCUGUUCAACAGCUCUUUGACCACUGUCUAGCCCCAAAUACAUAUGGCGAUGGCACAGGAUGUGACAACAUGACAUGUAUUAUCAUUGUCCUGGACAUGUUCAACAAAAAUGGAUCCAGGCAGGCAGAAUCAAAGGCAGCAGCAGAAUCACCAGAAAAGGUCAAUAAUGAGACCGAUCAAAGCGUAAAUAACCAAAUUUUGAAACAGACAGAAACAGACUUCACGGGAUCACUGAAAAGAUGCUCAGAUAAUGUGGUUAAUGAGGGGAAGAGGCUAAAACUAGACGUGGUCGAUUGACGGGGCUCCAUUUAUUAGAUUUAUUUUGAACAUUGAUCUGAUAAUACCCCUGGUGUCUGUUUUUAAAUCGCACUCUGUUGUUGUGAAAGUGCAUCUCUUCUUUAGAAAUGCCGGUCCCUGAAUCAGGAAAAUCUAAUUACUGUCCAUAAACCUAAUAACAGGUUGAUUGCAAUGGCUCCAUGGUUGAUGAGGAGAUGUUAUCAUUGUUUGUGUCAUUGAAUUAUUUAGGUACACAGCAUGAUGCAAAGUAUUUUGCAUUUAAGUGAAAAAAUAAUUCCAAUGGACUCUGUCCACUGCGCUUGGACAUCCUACUCGAAUCAUUGUAAUUUUAAUAAAAUGUUUGUACUGUUUCUUUCUGGUUUUUUUAAACAAAAACAUAAAAUAUUUUAAAAUUUACACUAGGGCAAAUGACUUUGAUGUUGCAGAUUGUAAUUACGUUGCCUAGGUAGGAGUGAGGAGUGCAAUAUUUCUUUGCCUUGUUCCUCAUUCCUUUAUUAAUAGUUUUUACUAAUUUAGACUUAAAGAUUUAAACAAAUGAAAAGAAAUUGUUUACAGUGCACGGUGAAAACAAAAUUCACAUUCUGUAAUGUGGAAAACAAUUAAGGAAGAUAGAAUGAGCGGGGGAGAACAUUUAUUUAUUCUUUAGCCUUGUUAAACAGCUUUUGUGUAGCUGAAGUCAUGAUAACUAAUUUGUGUUUUCCUGUACAAACUUUCUUAUAUUUUUAGAAAGGGAAUUGCCUAACAGGAGACAAAUCAACUCAACAUUAACCUGGAUUCUACCUACUUUUUUUCUUGUUGGCUUUAAAAUGUAAGGAAACCUUGUUUGGCUAUGUGCUGAGCACAUACACGCUUGACAGCCUUUUCUUUUGUUGUAUCCCUGCAGACAUUGACUGCUUGGACAUGAAUAAAAUUAUUUGACACAUAAUUCUUACACUUGGAAUACUACAAUAGACCAUUUACAUAGUAAUGUGUUCAUCUAACCAUGUAUAUAGCAAAUGCAACUUCUAUAAUUUCACAAUGAUUAAACAAAAAAGGUUUACCUUAAAAAUAAUACGGCCUUGAUGUUUCAUUUUAAGUCAUUAAGAAAAAGUUCAAGAAAAGCAGCUUGUAUUUGUAUUGAAAAUGUUGUCUUGAAAGGUGGACUUUUUUUUAACAAAGUAUUUAAUAUUUGAUGCUGUUUCCUAAACAUAACAUUGUUUGGUGGUUACUUCAUUACUAUGGAGGUAAUUACUCAUGAUUAAUCGAUGAUUAAUUAUAAUAGCAUGCACUUUUCAUGCAACCAAUGCAAAAUAAUAAAAUCCCUCCCUAGCUUCACAUACAAAUACAAAAUAUUAGCUCAUUGUAAUUAUUUUCAUCCAUUUAAAGAUGGCAACAGAUUUUUUUAUUGUGCAUAGCAUACAAUUGUAAUGAUUCUGACAGUCAUGACAUUCAAUAGCAGAUAGUGAAAUUGAGCACCAGUCCUGAAUUUCCCAGUCGACUCAUUUAUUAACUUGACAUGCAGAAAUGCAUAUUGAAUAUUAACACCAGGUAAUGCAAUACAAUAAUAGGCAGUGGAAUGCCAGAGUUAAGAUAAGUGCAUGUGUUAAAUUGAGAGGCCACGCCUCAUUGGUUUGUGGGUUAGCUUAACUAUUGGGUUUUGGUGGUCUAUAAUCUUUUUGAUCUUUCUGUUGAAUCAAUCAAUUAGUAUUACUCUAUAAAAUAAUUGUAGUUCAAUCUCAUUAUUGAAACAAAAGCAUCAACAGAAAUGACUCCUGUUUCACUCUACAGCCAUUUCUGUAUGAAAGUAAAUUUUUGUGUAUUUAAAAUGGAAGAGAUUUUGAGCUGGCAUACAUAAUCUUGAUUUGUUAUUUGUAAAGUUUCACAUGAGCACUAAUUAUUGAUUGAAUGAAUGUUUAAUGUUUUGGAAUAAUGAAAACAAUUAUUAGUUAGUGUUUUGUGUUGGGUUUCUCAUCUAUUUCUAUAUCUAUUUCUCAUCUGAAAACUUAAAAUUUUUAUUAGAUUUACCUGGUACCUGUAUUUUUUGUUUAUCAAAACAAAUCCUAUGUCUAGAACAAUAUGGCUUUAUUUCAGUUGUUAGACACAUACAAAUCCAAUUAUGGCUAUUUAAAGCAGAAGACAGGUUUAAAAUAAAUUGUGUCUACAAAUUUGUUUACAUAUGUAUAGUGAAUAAUAAUUUUAAGCUCUUGUGGGAUAGUUGUUUGAGAGUGUAACUGGACAGAAAACUCCAUGUGGCUUAUUGUUCAUAGGUGCCUUUGCUAUCCAAUUAACUACGUCACCAUCUUCAUUGAUUAGCUUGUGUUCCAGUCCAGAGCUCUGCAACCGGGGUGCCGCAGGACUAUGUUAGGUAAUCCGUUGCAAAGUCCUCCAACAGACUAAAAAACGAUAUAAAUUUGUUCAACAAAAAGGAAAUUAUUGGCGAAUUAACAAGCCAUCAAACAUCUGAAGUUAAAUAAAAAAAAAAGCACAGGAUAUCUGCACAUUUAAAUUUGGUGGUUCACAGGAUAAGUUACCAUGUCAGUGUGUCUAAAGCAGUGAGUAAACUGUGGCUUUGGCCUUUGAUCGCAUGCUUUUUACACCUAUACUGUGUAAUACCUUCACUUGGUGUUGGUCGAUUUUGCUUGUAUUUUAUUCUUAGCAGUACAGCAGUAACAUUUCUUCACAGUUGAAUGAAGCCUAACCCAACACAAACUGAGAGGGUAAAGAAAAUUGUUAGCAUGAUAUUUUGGUCACAUUCAAACACUUGUUGUUGGUCAGACAUUAGUAAAAAAAAAAAAAAAAAAAAAAAAAAAAAAAAGGGGGGGGGGUUUAGGCUUAGUUAAAUUUCUUUCUUCUUUAUUUGUAUAAAAAGACUUUCUCAAUAGUGUUUGAAUUGAAAUGUUUCUUUGCAUUAAAUCAGUACACAUACAGAUUUUUUAAAUAUAAAUUAUUAUUGUCCAUUUGAACUGGAUACAAGCAGUUAUUUUCAUUUUUUUUAAAAUUUAAUAGGAAGAUAGUCAAAAAGCAGUUUUAAAAAAUAUUUUCCUUACAGUAUACACUGUAUUUCCUCUCUAUUGAUAAAUGUUAUAGCAUAAUACGCUUAAAAAAGUAAACAUUUUAUGUUAUAUCACUUGGUAGUCUAUACAAAAUCUACUGGCUCAUGUUAAUUUCAGGACUAUAUGAAAAAAAAAUUAACUAUUUAGUACGUUAACAACAGUAAACCAUUUUUUUUCUUCAUGGUUUAAUUGUAGUGUGCCGCAGUCAUCUGAGAAGGAUCUAGGUGUGCCGUGAGGGGAAAAAAUGUCGCAGAGCACAGUUUUAGUUGAUACAAGAGUCACAUUGUCUAAGCGCAGUCUGCAUUUUGUACUGUACUUGGAAAUUGAUUUAUAUUAGAGUUCAUACAUCAUAUUUACAGUCCAUUUAUUAUUUGAAAAGGGACAUAACUCUUUGUUUUCUUGCUGUAGUAAUUACAAUGGAACUGUAAGAUUUAUUUAAUUUAGUAUCUUGCAAAAAUGUAAAAUUUUUUAGCUAAUUUGUAUAUUGUCAAAUAUAGUGGGCGAACACUCCAACCAAUUGAUAGAUAUCCUGUCGCUUUAAGUGGUUUGAAAUGUCUUCCUAAGACAUAAUAUGGCUAGUAGUAGAAGAUGCUGUUAAAUGAUGGUGUAUCCAGAAAUAUUUAUUUUAAAAGAAGUAACUUUAUUACUCUUGUUUUCCAAAAUUUUCCUGUAAGUCCUGAAAGCAUUCUAUUUGUCCCAUACAUUUUGAAGAUAGGAUGUUUCAAGGAUAUCCCAUGAUUUUUGUCAGUCAUUGCAGUAGUUCUUGUUAAAUCAUUCAAAAAUAAAAAGUUUUGUUUCCAUUUGUCCGCAGAUAUUGUAAAGCUGUC